AUGUGUGUAUCUCGGCUGGUUUUGCUGCUUGGGCUGCUUUUAUGUGUGGGGGCUGAGCUGUCCAACGCCCAGCACUGGUCGCAUGGUUGGUACCCCGGAGGCAAGAGGGAGCUGGACUCUUUUGGCACGUCAGAGAUUUCAGAGGAGAUGAAGCUGUGUGAGGUGGGAGAAUGCAACUACUUGAGACCCCAGAGGAGGAAUAUUCUGAGAAGUAUAUUUUUGGAUGCCUUAGCCAGAGAGCUCCAGAAGAGGAAGUGACCUCUUUCCACCCUACCCUGCUUUUCUACCUAGUGACCGUCUUCUUCAGUG